GAAAGCCCUAGUGACCGAAGAACGAUAGAUCUUCUGAAUUUCGAGGGCAGUGAAGUAGGAGCGUAGCAGAGGGCGUACGAAAGACAACACGUUGGAAGGAAGAUUGAUACAGACAAAAGCAACAUGAUUCAGGGCCACCACUGAGAUCUUUGGGGGUUUCCCAGAAGCGUGUGGUUGGGAACAUCAUGAAGGAAGAGACAGGAGCCGGCCCGAGGAAGCGUGCGUGAGAAUAACGUGGAAGGAGCCCAUCGGUAGAUGCAGAAGGGCUGCUUUGGGAGGCCUGGAAACUGAGUUUUGGAAGGAUUCAGUAACGGACAGCCACUCCGCGGGGCCUGUCUGUCCAGCCUGAGUCAGAACCUUCUCCACUGUCCAUGGUUUUGAAAGUCUUCCACACCGAGUGACCAGCCUAGAAAGCUCUUGCUGGCGGGUGAUGGAAGUGAGCUGGAGCAGUGGGAGAAGCUGGUAACUUCUCAGAAGCCAAGAUGACAAGAAUUGUUUUAAAUAAUCAAAGGAAGACGGCCGGGGCACCAUGAGGUGAGCGCGCCGGCACCGAGAGCCCCCGAGAGCGGUGUGCGGGCUGCGGGAGCGAGAGCGGCCCCGCACGUCUGGCCACGCACGUCCCCGGCAUGAGGCCGGGCAGCAUGGGCGCGCCGCCGCGGGACCGCUGACCCCCGCCCGCCGGGACCAUGAAGGAGGUGGCGUACUGGUCCCCCAAGAAGGUGGCAGACUGGCUGCUGGAGCACGCCAUGCCCGAGUACUGUGAGCCCCUGGAGCACUUCACGGGCCGGGACCUGAUCGGCCUGACCCGGGAGGACUUCACGCGGCCACCCCUGUGCCGCGUGUCAGCCGACAGCGGGCAGCGGCUCCUGGACAUGAUCGAGACCCUGAAGGUGGAGCAGCACAUGGAGGCGCACAAGAACGGCCACGCCAACGGGCACCUGGGCGCAGGUGCGGCCGGCCCCGGCCUCCAGGCCAAGCCCAACGGGGUGCCCAACGGCUAUAGGAAGGAGAUGAUCAAGAUCCCCAUGCCGGAGCCGGAGCGCUCCCAGUACCCCAUGGAGUGGGGCAAGACGUGCCUGGCCUUCCUGUAUGCGCUGGCCUGCUUCGUCCUCACCACAGUGAUGAUCUCGGUCGUCCACGAGCGAGUGCCUCCCAAGGAGGUGCAGCCCCCGCUGCCGGACACGUUCUUCGACCAUUUUAACCGGGUGCAGUGGGCCUUUUCUAUCUGUGAAAUUAACGGCAUGAUCCUUGUAGGCCUCUGGCUAAUUCAGUGGCUGCUCUUAAAAUACAAAAUUGGACUUUCAAGCCACCGACUAGGAAAAAGCCCUGGGGAGUCUCUGCAUUUGUGUCAGACUUCACUGCAAAACAGGUCCAUCAUCAGCAGAAGGUUCUUCUGCAUCGUCGGCACGCUGUACCUGUACCGCUGUAUCACCAUGUAUGUGACCACCCUCCCGGUGCCCGGCAUGCAUUUCAACUGCUCUCCGAAGCUUUUUGGAGACUGGGAAGCGCAGCUGCGGAGAAUCAUGAAGCUCAUCGCGGGCGGCGGCCUCUCCAUCACCGGCUCCCACAACAUGUGUGGGGACUACCUGUACAGCGGGCACACCGUCAUGCUCACGCUCACCUACUUAUUUAUCAAAGAGUACUCCCCGCGACGACUCUGGUGGUACCACUGGAUCUGCUGGCUUCUCAGCGUGGUUGGGAUCUUCUGCAUCCUCUUGGCGCAUGACCACUACACUGUGGACGUGGUGGUGGCCUACUACAUCACCACGAGACUCUUCUGGUGGUACCACACGAUGGCCAAUCAGCAAGUGCUAAAAGAAGCUACCCAGAUGAACCUCCUGGCUAGGGUGUGGUGGUACAGGCCGUUCCAGUACUUUGAAAAGAAUGUCCAAGGAAUCGUGCCUCGCUCGUACCAUUGGCCCUUCCCCUGGCCGGUCGUCCACCUCGGCAGGCAAGUCAAGUACAGCCGCUUGGUGAGCGACACGUAACGGCGCACGAGGCGGGCAAGCGAGGAGCUGUCUGAAGUUGUAGAACUGCACAAGAGAAGAUGCCAUGAACACACCUCCCUGACCCCGUUCUCCUUCGGCAGUUCCCUUGACUUAACCUAUUGAGUUACCUGGUCAGCACUGUGAUCUUUUUUUCUCUCCAAAGGACCUGCGUUGGACAACAAUAAAGAAAAUCUAACCUAUCAUGCACUGUACACAUCUUCCUGUUCGUAAGUUUGGGAUUUCCGUAACCUGCGACCACCAUGUUCCUUUGUAUAUGAUGCAACAGCAUAAAUGUAAGCUUUUAUAUCAUCAGUUCUGGUCUUUCCAGGCACAUCUGGAAAUAAAGCGUAUUAUUUUCUUGGGAAAACAUACUUUUCAUAUCUCUUGCCCCAAAGAUUGGGCUGUAAGCCAUUUUCUAGCAAAUGUCUCUAUGAAGGUUUCUAAGUACCUGAAUGGGGUUCGAUUCUGAAAUCUUUCUACCUGUUGCACCGAUAUUCAAAUAAAAAUGACAGACACAGAAAGGUUCGGUAACUUUGGGUUUUGUAAAAAUCAGCAGAGAGAGUGUGUCAAAAAGUGCAAAAAAAAAAAAAAAAGAUUCUGUUAUAAAGCGAUUUUCUAAGUAUUUCCUAACUUUAUUUUUCAAAAUAAUGUUAUGAAAACCAAAUUUAAAGAUUUUUACAUGUCGGAGAGAAGAGAGUUAAAAUUUAAAAAUGCUUCUUGGGAGAGAAAUUUGUCUAUGUUUAUAGUGCCUUUCUUGUCUUGAUUGUAUGGUCAGUAGGCAAUCUUAAAUGUUUUUAUUUAAAAUAAAAUAUUCCAUGGAAAUAUAAAUAUAUGUAUACACUACUAAAUUUUGCAUUUAUAGCUAAAUUAAAUCAGAAGACUGCUUAUGGUUUUUAAAUCGCUAUGAAUUAGAGAAUGGGGGAGUUAAUUAGAAAGUCAGAGCCUGUUCCCAUAUUGUGAGCAGGUGGCAAUGACAUGUAUACCACUUAAAUUAUUUUAUCAUCUAUUUGGUAGUUCGAUUUUAACUAUACAAUGAAAACAGCCAUGAAUACUUUGUUUUUAAAAAGAGAGUUUUGAAAAUGAUCACUUAACUAAAACUUGAAAGCUCUAAAUUAGUUAUCUGUACUCUUAUGACAAUUUUGUUGGUGAACAACAAAACAGAGAUCUAUUUCUUUAAAAUAUAUUUGUGCAGAAACUGCAUGUAACUCGAAGUUUUACUCCCAACAUGAGUAUGUUUGGGGAAGUAUUCUCUUCUAUACUUGCCAAUGUGGAGAACAAAAUAGUUUUUUAAGAAUGAAGAAGUAUAUAUAUCCAUUCUGUAUUUUACGCAGCAGAAUUAUCUUCCGUAGGGUUUUUUUGUGAAUUCACAAGGUGAUAUUUGUAUUGUAAAACAAUAAUGGUGAAGGAAAUAAAAAAGGCUUUUAAAAUUUUGUUUGUUUUAAAUAUUUGUAAAGUUAUUAUUCCAGAGAGUACACUGAUAUCUUAACGGCUUACCUAGAUCAUAAAUUAAUCAAAAUGCACUUUUUAAUAAAACCUGAUACUUAAAAUAGA